CGCUUAUUCCAUGCAUUCUCUCGUGAGUCGCACCGUCAAUCGGACGUGAAACCGGUCGGAGCGUAACAACAGCGUGGCGUGGAUUUUUCCCCUUGUAUUAAAAGAUCCCUUUUCUUUAGUGCGGAGGUGUUUACGGUCCGCCGCGAAGAAUUCCAGAAUUUAGUUGGAACGAGCGGUAACAGAGAAAGAAACCGAACCGAAUAACAAAUAUUGUGUGCUGCUUUAGUGAAGUAAAACCAAGUGAUUUUGUUUAAACGGAAAAAUCAAGAAAUAGUGAAACCAUGGGAGAUCAAGCGGUACCCGCCCGAGGAAAUGUCUUAGGAUCUCUGGUCCCGGCCCGGUACAUUUUGGCCGUACUCGGGUCCAUCGCUAUGGCCAUCAUCUACGGGUUGAAGGUGAAUCUGAGUGUGGCGAUGGUCGCGAUGCUGAACCAUUCGGCGCUGGCCCACAACGCGCCGUUGCAUACAGUGUCCGAGUCGCACACCGCCGAACCGGUCUGCCAGGGAAGCAACUCAUCGGAAACAGUGGAGGACGGCCCCUUCGUCUGGAGUGAACCGCUUCAGGGAACUAUCCUAAGCUGCUACUUCUGGGGCUACUUCGUGUCGCAGAUUCCCGGUGCCCGGAUUGCGGAAAGCUUCUCUGCCAAAUGGGUCAUGUUCUUUUCGGUGUUCAUCAACGUACUCUGCACCCUGUUGACACCCAUCGCUGCUGAACUGCACUGGGGUGCCAUGGUGGCCAUGCGUAUCGGCGAAGGAAUCGGUGGAGGGGUAACCUUCCCAGCUAUGCACGUCAUGUUAGCCUCGUGGGCUCCGCCCAAUGAGCGGUCGGUGAUGUCAGCGAUCGUGUACGCAGGAACUGCUUUGGGUACGGUAAUUUCAAUGCUGAUGGCAGGUGUGUUGGCUGGCAGCAUAGGAUGGGAAUCGGUGUUUUACGUAAUGGGAGGACUUAGCUGUCUCUGGAUUGUUUUGUGGGUCUGGCUGGCUCAGGAUACACCAAAUAAGCAGUCUCUGAUCAGCCAAGAAGAAAGAACCUUCAUUACUUCGUCUCUCGGAUCUGAAGGAUCAGGACACAGUGGACCGAAACCGGCUGUACCGUGGAAAAAGGUUUUCACAUCUGGUCCCUUCUAUGGAAUCCUGAUUGCUCACGUGUGCAACAACUGGGGCUGGUAUAUGCUGCUGAUCGAGCUUCCGUUCUACAUGAAACAGGUGCUUCAGUUCAACAUUAAGGAAAAUGCCGUCGUCACUGCCCUUCCGUUCCUUACGAUGUGGUUCUUCAGCAUGGCUUUAAGCAAAACUCUGGAUGCUCUACGUGCUCGCGGAAAGAUCAACACCACAAUCGCUCGAAAAACUGCUACUCUGAUUGCUUCCGUUAUUCCAAUGUGCUGUCUCCUGGCCUUGUGCUACAUCGGAUGCCAGCGUGGAAUUGCUGUUGCCCUGAUGACCAUCGGUAUUACGUCGAUUGGUGGCAUGUUCUGCGGCUUCCUGUCUAACCACAUUGACAUUGCACCAAAUUAUGCCGGUACUCUAAUGGCCAUCACCAACACGGCUGCCACUCUGCCGGGCAUCACUGUACCCAUUUUUGUCGGUCAAAUCACUCAUGGAAACCAAACCAUCGGAGCAUGGCGUGUCAUCUUCUUUGUGACGAUCGGACUUUACAUCAUCGAGAUUCUAGGCUACAGUUUCUUGGGCUCCGGCGAGGAACAAUCAUGGAACAAGGGCGACAAAUCCACCAAUAGUGCAGUAGAAAAUGGCGAUGCCGAGGCAACCCCACUCAACAGUAAGGAAUUGAAACCGACCUACACGAAGCAGGCUGAAUAAACACGACAAGUGAACUAACUCAACAAGUAGGCCAUUAUCUACCACAAUGUCAAGCAAGCGACAGAACAGGAUUUCAGAGUUUUAUUUUUUUACUUGAGAUUUUAUUUUACCGUACUACAACAGAUAUUACGAAUGAUAACAAUAGGAUUGCUUAAUUUUGAAAAUAGGUACUUAUUUGUAGUUUGUAGGUACUUAUUCGUAGUUUACUUAAAAUGCAGUUGGAAUUCAAUUUUAUAUUAUUUUAUGAAUAGGAAAAAUGAUCUAAACCAAACAAAACUUAUCGUUAUCAGAGAUAUUUUAUUAAAUUACACGAAAUCCUUACCGCUGAACUGAGCAAUUUCUUUAUUUAAACAAUAGCACUUACAGUUCUUUUGAAACGUGAAGGAAAAGACCAAAAUAGACAUGUUUUCAGUUAUAACUCACAAACAGCAGCAAAUAAGCGCAAACUGUACUUCAGAAACAAUUGAUAGAGACACUACUAAACGAUAUGUUUCAGAUUAACAUAAGAUUUUCGAAUGCACAAAAAAUAUAGAAAAUCUAGAAUACUUGAUGCUGAUCCCAAUUGAAGAAUCUUUAUGUGAAGUAAACUGAAUGCAUUUAACCUAAAUCCAGGAGCGAUAGUGUUAUAGUUAUCACUGAAAAAGAGACACGGACAUGUUUUAAAUACAAAGUUUAGAUAUUAUAACUAGAAUUAACAUACACAGAAAGUAGACAACAAAACUCAAUUGGAACAUUUAGCUAAAUCGAAAAGAAUCGAGUACCAACUAUUGAUGCAAUUAAGCAUAAACAUCAAUGUAAAUUAUGAAAGUGAGAAAAAACACAUAAAUGUAUGACCUCAUGUUGUUAUAUAGCAAAGAAUCAUUUAUAUAUGAUCUGUCAAUAAAGGAAACUGAAAAAUGUGUACUUUUUGCUCUUAUGA